GCGCCAUCGUAAUAUAUAUUCCGAUAUUAUUUUGGCUCCAGUUGUCAGUUGGCCCAUCGUCGUGGUUUGACAAAGGCCGCCCACGUGACACAAUCGGACGGUGCCAUCCCGCCGAUGAACGAGUUACCGCUGCUCGAGGUCGGCAUGGUGUUCGGUGGUUCGAAGGAAGCGCUGCAUUACGUCCAGGACUAUGCCUUCCAGACCAAUAAGCAGGUGAAGGUCAUGUCGAAGAGUGGCGGGGGCCACAAGCGGCUCAUUUGCUCGUGGACGCCGUGCUCGUUCUUUGUCCAAAUGUACCAGCAGAAGAAACCUGUCGACGAGUCCAAGGGUCGGCCAUGGUACAUUUCAUCCUGCGACUUGAACCAUGCCGUCGACUGCAUGUCGGUCGCGAAACCAACGUGCCGACAGCUCACGCAGAUGCAAGCGCUUCAAACCGUCGUGCACUCGAACUCCAAGAUCUCAGCGAACGCGAUCAUCUCUGCAAUGCCAUCGCUGAACUUGAAGCGACUCCAGCGCACAGUCUACCGCGCCAAGCGUGAAAUCCUGACGCGGACGCCAGAGAGCUCGACAUUCGACCCCGACGGGUACACCGCCGCAGGAUUGGUCCCCAAGCAACAACUUGCCCCGUCAGCCCAAGCCAUCGGUCCAGCUAGUGUGCCAUCUCCACAACUGCCAAAGAAACGAAAAGAAAGCGACAAGGAUUUGGUCGAGAUCGAACGGGCUCGGCUGGAACUCAAGCGGCGGAAAGAAGCGCGACUUGAACGAGAAGCCCAGGUGCACCACCGCAUUCUUGUGGCCAAAGCAGAGGAGGCGGAGCUCGCCCUCAAAGUCGCACGAGCGAAAGCGAGGCAUGAGCUGCUCAACGCUGGCAUUUCCCACGAUGAAGCGGACCAAAUCUUGAUGUAAACUAAACUGCUAAGUUGCGGUACGAGAGGUGUUGUUACACCAACGUAAAGGUCCGCACACGCAACCACCACGUUGUGUUCUGA